AUGUCGUCGCCCGAGAAGGAGAGAGAGACCCAGGUUUACAUGGCCAAGCUCGCCGAGCAGGCCGAGCGUUACGAAGAAAUGGUUGAGUGUAUGAAGAAAGUUGCAAAACUGGACCUAGAGCUGACCGUGGAGGAGAGGAAUCUUCUUUCUGUGGGAUACAAAAAUGUCAUAGGUGCUAGACGGGCCUCUUGGCGAAUCAUGUCUUCCAUUGAGCAGAAGGAAGAGUCUAAGGGGAAUGAGCACAAUGUCAAACUGAUCAAGGGUUACCGCCAGAAGGUGGAGGAGGAACUCUCCAAGAUUUGCAAUGACAUUCUGUCUAUCAUAGACAAGCACCUGAUCCCCUCUUCUACCUCUGGAGAGGCCACUGUUUUCUACUACAAAAUGAAAGGUGACUAUUACAGGUACCUUGCCGAGUUCAAGACCGACCAGGACAGAAAAGAGGCAGCUGAGCAGUCACUCAAGGGAUAUGAGGCCGCUUCAGCCACUGCAAACACAGAUCUGCCAUCAACCCACCCGAUCCGUCUUGGUCUAGCCCUCAACUUUUCUGUCUUCUACUAUGAGAUUAUGAAUUCUCCUGAGAGGGCUUGCCAUUUGGCUAAACAAGCAUUUGAUGAGGCAAUUGCAGAGUUGGACACCUUGAGUGAGGAGUCAUACAAGGACAGCACCCUUAUUAUGCAAUUGUUGAGAGACAACCUCACUCUCUGGACCUCUGAUUUGCCUGAAGAUGGAGGUGACGACAAUUUCAAAGGUGAAGAAACCAAACCAGCAGAACCUGCAACUGCGGCGAUAGCAUUGGUGCUUAAACAACACAACGGAGUUCUUCAAAUCCACUCACCACCACAAACACUUGAGUUUGUAACAUUGGUUGUGAAUGCUUGA